UUGCAUCGAACGGUCCCUUUUUUUGUUACAACACAGAGGAAAUAAUCACCAUCUCCGGAAGUGGGUAAUAGUGGCACGAGAACGACAAAAUGGUGCAGUUUGACUGGCGCCGGAUGUUCCGCAAGAAAAAGAACAUCCCCCAGGGUGGUGCUAUACUGGACCAGGUGAUUUCCCAGAGUGCGAAUGCCUCCAACCAGUGCUUGUUGUACAAGAUGGCGAACUACAAACGGGGUGGCGAUUUGAUCGACGCGUUCCAGGUCGGGGGACAGAAAGCAGUGGAGCAGUUGAUUCGGGAACAGUUCGGUGUGUUUAUGUACAACAACGGGCGCGGCCAGAUCAUUAACCGGGCCGAGUAUCUACGCUGGAAGUAUAUGGAUAAUCACGAGGUUGUUAUUCCGAUUGAGGCUUCCCUUUCGCCCCACGAUCCGCUGGGCAAAUGGGUGGAUCACAAAGCUUGCUGGCAGAUGCAGUAUCGUGGAUUGCUGGGGGAGAGUCUCCUACACGUGCUGAUCAUUUGCGAUACGAAAGUACAUACAAAAUUGGCGCGCAUCCUGCUGCGUGUUUUUCCAGAGCAAUCGAUCGACGUGAUGGAGGGCGAGGAGUACUUGGGCGCUAGUGCACUCCACCUGGCGAUCGCUUACAGCAACAACGAAUUGGUUGGAGAUCUGAUCGAUGCCGGGGCGGAUGUGUCCCAGCGUGCCAUAGGGCGCUUCUUCCUCCCACGGGACCAACAGGGACUGCGACCGGCAAAGACAACCGAUUACGAAGGACUGGCCUACCUGGGGGAGUAUCCGUUGGCGUGGGCCGCCUGCUGCGCGAAUGAGUCCGUCUAUAAUCUGCUGUUGGAGUGUGGAGCCGAUCCGAAUGCCCAGGACACCUUCGGCAAUAUGAUUCUGCACAUGGUGGUCGUUUGCGAUAAGUUGGAUAUGUUUGGAUACGCUUUGCGUCAUCCGAAGUUGCCUUGCAAGAAUGGGAUUGCGAAUAUCGCAGGACUGACGCCGCUGACGCUGGCCUGCAGACUCGGUCGAGACGAAGUGUUUCGUGAGAUGUUAGAACUCUCCGCUCGGGAGUUUUGGCGCUACAGUAACAUCACCUGCUCCGGCUAUCCGCUGAACGCGUUGGACACGCUGAUGCCGGACGGAACGACCAACUGGAACUCGGCGCUGUUCAUAAUUCUGAACGGUACCAAGGAAGAGCACCUGAACAUGCUCGAUGGUGGCAUUGUCGAGCGUCUGCUGGAUGAAAAGUGGAAGACGUUCGCGAGGAACCAGUUCUUGAAGCGCCUGCUAAUUCUCGCCUUGCAUCUGUUCUGUUUGUCCUGCUCGGUGUAUCUGCGACCGGCACAUGUUUUCGAGGAAGAAAACGACGAGGAUGGUGGUGGUAGUGGCGAUACGGGGGCCUCGGAUGCGGGCGAGGACGAGGGGAUCGAUUUGACGAGCUGGUUCCGAUAUGGAUUUGAGAUUGCCACCGUCAUGGGCGUGUUGAGUUACGUCGUGCUGCAGCAGGGCGAUGAAAUCAAGAACCAAGGCCUGAUUUCGUUCAUCAAGUCGCUGGGUAACGCCCCAGCAAAGGCGAUCUUCCUCAUCUCGAACCUCAUGAUUCUGACGUGCAUCCCGCUGCGAAUGAUCGGCGACAUCGAGACCGAGGAGGCUAUACUCAUGUUUGCCGUUCCUGGCAGCUGGUUUCUGCUGAUGUUCUUCGCUGGGUACGUUACUUCGGAAGACUUCCUCCUCACAUAUAUGCGGCUCUGCAUUCCUUCUGAUUUUUUUCUCAUCCACAGCGCCAUUGGGCUGACGGGUCCCUUCGUGACGAUGAUAUUUUCUAUGAUCACCGGCGAUAUGUUUACGUUCGGCAUCAUCUACAUGAUUGUGCUGUUCGGAUUCUCGCAGGCAUUCUACUUUCUGUACAAAGGUCACCCGGAUGCGGAGGAGACCCCGUUCGGGAGUUACUUCGGCACGUGGAUGGCACUUUUCCAAACCACACUGGGAGACUAUGAUUAUGCCGAUCUCAACCUGACCACCUAUCCGAAUCUGGCGAAAACCGUGUUUGUUAUCUUCAUGAUCUUCGUGCCGAUCCUUUUGCUCAACAUGUUGAUCGCUAUGAUGGGCAACACUUACGCGUACGUUAUCGAGCAAGCGGAGAAGGAAGGCAUGAAGCAGUGGGCGAAGAUUGUGGUCAACCUGGAGCGGGCCGUCAAGCAAGAGGAUGCGAAGAAGUACCUCGAGGAGUACUCAAUCGGGCUGGGCCCAUCGGACGAUCCUCGGUACGAGAUCCGGGGGGUUAUGGUCAUCAAGAGCAAGAGCAAAACCCGGGCCAGACAGCGAAAGGGAGCCGUGAGCAACUGGAAGAGUGUUCUGAGGGUUACACUGAACGAACUGAAGAAGCGCGGUAUGACCGGCGAGGAGCUUAGGAGAAUCAUGUGGGGCCGGUCGUCAAUUACUUCUCCGGCGAAGAUAUCCAAAAAGAAGAAAGGCUACGAGGAUGAAGACCCCUUCGCCAUAACUGCGGCCAUCGAUGUGAUGGCCUUCACGCAGGACAUCGUCAUGGUCAGCACCGAGCCGAUGGGACCUCCAACGAUCGAUCCAACUAAACCAGCCGCCGCCACCACCGUCAAGAAACCCCAAACCGUCCUUCCUUCGCAAUCGGUUUCCGUGCAGCCGGAGGUCCCUCCACCAGCCAAGCUCACUAAACGCCAGUCUGUGGUGAGCGCUCCGCCGGCUUACGAUGACUUCCCACCGAUGAAGAACUACAAGGAUCCCUUGCGGGAGCUGGUUAUCAUCUCGGAAUCACCCACGGUGGACGAUCAUUACGCACAGAACUGUAGAACACUGGCGAACGAUGCGUCCACCCUGGAUCACGUGCACGAGAUUGAUCUUGCGCGUCAGAGUCAGCUCCGGCAGGAGGAACGAGAAGAACAACAGCAGCAGCAGAACUUGGGUCAGUUGAAUCUAUUUCUGGACGCGAAAGACGUUGUCGAUCCGGUGAAGGAACGUGAGUUUUUGAAAACAUUGGAAGCCCUCGAGGACACCGAUAGCGAGGCGGCUGAGAAGCCCGUUCUCGGUAAGAUCUCGCUGAUCCGACGCGCUAAAUCUGCCGUUUCGAGAACGACUUCCAGGAAGAAGAAAACCGACCAGCAUCCGCUAUUUAUGAUCGCUUGGGAUGACAAGACGCUGGUGCGGACGGUGGAGGACUUUGGCGCACUGAACACCGCCUACGAGUACUCCGCGGAGGAUCUCAAACAGGACGUUGACGAGGAGGCAAAGGAAGACGAGGAUGGGGGAUGCGUGACGGUGGAGGAGGUUCAUCGGAGGAUGGAACAGUUCCAUCAGCGGAGUCGGGCCUCCCCCGAGAGGGACAGCAAUUCGACGGAGAGUAGCAAGAAAAAUGGUGGCAAGCAAGGUGGUGGUAAACGGCACGGAAUGGGUCGCGGGCGGAAUAACAAAAUAUCGCCGGACACCUCGAAUGAGAGUGUUUCGGUGAAGAAGGACAAGCGAAUGAAGUCCGCCCCGACUACCAGCGGCAAUGGACAGAGACAUCGCCAGCUGAUGAUGGGACAUCAGCCGGGAGAAGCCUCUCCGCCGGAUCCGCUGGAACCGUGGAGCACCAAAGAUAUUAUGAACAUCAACAAACUGCUCGAUACCGAUACGCAGGAAGAGUAGAGCUAUUCCAAGUGAAAUCGUCCUAAAAAUGCAGAACAUGAUUUUUUGAUUCGAAUGAAAGUUUGUAUUACGUUUGGGUUGGAGGAAAUAUGAGUUUUCCACAUCAAUUGGGAUUUUUUUUCACUCAAGUGUAACUUUUGAAAAAGGCGUAUCGAUUUUAGUAAGAAAAAUCUUUGAUGAUUUAUUUCUCGAAACCCGAAAAAAGGGUCUUAGAAAGAGUUCUAGAGUAUUGAUGUUAAAAUGUGAAAAAAAAAACACUGAGAAAAAAAAUACUUUUUUUGUAUAAAAAAAACUUGAAUUUGCAAUAUCUAAAAUAACUAUUUUUUUAUUUUAAAUUUUUUUUUCUCAUAAAAUAUAGAAGUCAUAUAGAAAAUUUAAAAAACAGUUCGAGUUGGUAAAACUAUUUUUGACGAACUUUGUUGAGCAUCUUAUUUUUAUGAAUUUCCGAAACAUCGAAUUUUUGUAUGUUAACAAUCAUUUCUAGUCACAAAUUAUGAAUUCUGAUUUGAUUUCAAACAAAAAAGCUCUAUAUCGAUCUCCUUCUAAAUGCAGCCAUUCUCGAGAUAUUUGAAAAAAACAAUUCAAAUUUAUUGUCUUUUUUAGUUUUAUUUAUUUAAAAUUUAUACAUCCUUUUUUUAUAUAAAAUAGAAAAUUUAAAAAAUAAGUCUAAAAUGGUAAAACUAUUUUUGCCGAACUUUGUGGAAUAUCUAUUUUUUAUGAAAAUUCGAAACCUCGAAUUUUUGUAUAUUAAAAAAAAUAAAAUUAAAAAAGACAAAGAAUUAGAAAUGUUUUUUUUUUCAAAUCUCUCGAGAAUGACUGCCUUUAGAACAAGAUUAAUGAAGAGCUUUUUUGUUUUGAUUCGCAUCAGAAUUCAUAAUUUGUGGCUAAAAAUGAUUGUUAACAGACAAAAAUUCGAUGUAUCGAAAAUUCAUAAAAAUUCGAUGUUCCACGAAGUUUGUCAAAAAUAGUUUCACCAUCUUGGACUCAUUUAUUAAAUUUUCUACAUAACUUCUAUUUUAUAUGAAAAAAAUAAAAAAUUAAUGAAAAAUACACAAAUAAAUAAAAAAAAAAUAAGACAAUAAAUUCGAAUUUUUUUUCCAAAUAUCUCGAGAAUAACUGCAUUUGGAACAAGAUUGAUAAAGAGCUUCUUUGCUUUAAAUCACAUCAGAAUUCAUAAUUUGUGGCUAAAAAUGAUUGUUAACAGACAAAAGUUCGAAGUUUCUGAAACUCAUAAAAAUUCGAUGUUCCACAAAGUUUGUUAGAAAUAGUUUUACCAUCUUGGACUCAUUUAUUAAAUUUUCUACAUGACUUCAAUUUAUAUGAAAAAAUAAAAAAGAAAUAAAAAAAUAUAAGGGAAUCGUGUAAUAAGGACAGUGGGGUUAAUAUGGACAGGUGGUUGAUUUGUAUAGUUACAUUUUGAAUUUCAGAUUUCUGUUAAUGAGAACACCUUCUACAUGUUAUUCUAUAAUAUUUAAGCCAUUCUAUGGCAAUGAAUACUGAUCAAAAGUGGAAAAGGGAAACAAAAACCGAAAAUCAUACAUGAUUCCGCGAGUGGAUGUAAUUUUAGCUGCUUCGAUAUUAGGCAUUUUGAGUGGUUUAAUAUCAACAUUCAAUUCGCUGAUGAUUAUAUUUCGGUUUGUGAGUUAACAGAGAAGCGAUAUUAGGUAUGUACGGAAAAGUAAAUUCAUUUUUGGGUGGAAAAUUUAAAUUAUUGAAAUCAUUGUACUGGUGGGGUAAAACGGACAGUUGCCAGUGGGAGUGAGAUGGACUGUAAAAAGUCUGUUUAAUCUAUUCCUAAGGAAUGUCCUGCGUCUAUAAAUGGAAAUCAAAUCGCCAAAUGUGAACUGUUUAGAAGCUGACUGGAACUAAAAGCAAAAUAGUUGAAGGUCUGUUCGUUUAUAUUGCUGAAAAGCACGAUAUUACUUAUAGGUGGAUUAAUUCGAUUUUUUCAUCAUUAAACGGACAUUCGUGAUGAGUUCAGACCUUGGUUGAAUAAAAUUAUUCCUCUCGCGAUCGAUAAACCUCUACGCUUCAUAUAUUACAAUCCUGUCCAUAUUACCCCCACUAUAUGUUCAUAUUACCCGCAUCGAAAAUAAUGUUGUACUUUGCGGUCUGUUUUAAUUCCAGUAAAAAACAUUGGCCAAUUAGGUAGAAAAACAGUAUAUAGAAUUGCAAGAAAUUGCUUUAAAGUUUUGGCAAACAUGAGUUUCCAUAGAUAUAAUUGAAGUUCUUCUUAACAUGUCCGUUUUACGCCAUCUCCCCUACAGGCAGACUCGAUUAUAUACUGUUUUGGAUUUAUUUUCACUGUAUAUAAUCGAAUCCUGUAUAUAAUCGUGUCAAAAAAAAAAUAAUUUUUUUAAUCGUUUUUUAAGCAUAUAUUUUUUGUUUUUUGAAUAUAAAAGAAGAAUUUAAUUUUUGAUUCAUCCCCUUAAAGUCAGAAAAUAGUUUUCUCAUAUAAAAAAUCCAAAUUCAUUCGGGUGGUGAUAAGGAUCAUAUUUGAUGAAGAAAAUCCUUCUACGCACAUGUUCGAAUUUCAAAAAUGACAGAGUUAUAGAACUUUUUAUUUGUUUCGGACUCUGUUGCCUCAAACUGGCGCUACACUAAAAAGUGCGCUACAGAAGACGAUUCUGUUGCUUCCAUUAGAAAGAUGAGAAAAUUUUAUACAGGAUAUAGCUGUAAGACAUCUAAUUUAGUGGAUUUAAAUGACAUUCUGGAAGUGAAAAACUUCAAAGUUAGUAAUUUUUAAUGUGAUAUUAUUAAUUCUAUCCGAAAAAUUCAUAUUAAACUUGAUUGUUUCUAUCAAUCAUAUUAUAGCUUUCUAAACUCUCUACAAUUUGUUCUUUGACACCCAUGUACACAUAAAAGUAACUUAAAUAUCACUUUGACGUUGACAGGUAAUAUUUUUUCGUGAAGUAAGUCAUUUUUUUUUUUUUUUUAUCUUCGCUUAUUUUUCGUCGGCCUAUUUCCGCCACUUUAGUGCCAAUCACCGACAUCAGGGAGGCGACUCCACCUGUUCCUACCUAUCAGACUCAACAACUCAUGAGCCGGGCCAACUUCUUUUACUUCCGCUCCGAAGGAAGACGUAACCAGAGAUUUUUCGCCUCAGAAAAUCCCAACGACGCCAGCUGGGAUUGAACCCAGCCCGAUCGGAUUGUGAGGCUGUUACGCUAACCAUACAACCACUGGCGCCGUCUAGGAAUUAAGUCAUAUUUGAAACAUAAAAUAGUUUUUGACGUGGAACUACGUCUAACUGGAGUAUAUGGGGGGUAAAAUGAAAACCUAAACACACAACAUACAGGAAAAAAUGAAAUAUGAAAUAUGCUUAUAACUCGAACAUUUAUUACUGGAUCGGAAAGAUCUUUGCAUCAAUUGAUAGGAAAUAUAUCUACGCAUCUAUUGCAACUAAUAAAAUGUUAUUUUUUGUUAGAUAAACAAUUGAAUAACUGUAAAAUGUUAAGCAUUAUCUAAACGCUCUAACUACCUCGUUUUGGUUGGCCCGAUUUACGGUUCCCCCAACACAGCCAUCAUAAGUGUGGAGCGUGGGCAAAUUGGCAUUGCAAAUUCAUGCAAGUCGGGAGUGUUUUUGUUCCGACCGAAAUCUAUUUCCCCAAGACAGACUUCAAAUCCAUGGAGCGCGGGGGAAUUUACAUUGCAAAUUCAUGCAAAUCGGGGGCAUUUUUGUUCCGACUGAAAUGUGUUUUCCAAACACAGACUUUAAAUGAAAGGAGCGUGGGGAAAUUGGCAUUUUAAAUACAUGCAAGUCGGAGGCAUUUUUUAAAAUGUGUUUCCCCAACACAGACUUCUGAACCAAGGUGUCUGGGGAAAUUGGCAUUGCAAAUUCAUGCUGGUCGGGUGUAUUUUUGCUCCGACUGAAAUGUGUUUACCUAAUAUAGGUUUCUAAACCAAGGUGUCUGCAAAUACAGUAGAACCCCGAUUAUCCGCGAAAUAGUCUGGCUAGGUUACCGCGCAUAACGAAAAUCGCGGAUAACGCGAUAUACGACUAAAAAUGAGGUAUAAACACGAAAUAAAAAUAUUUCAGCAUGAAAACUAUGUUUCAUCGACACAGUAAGCAUCAAACUAUCCAUUUGCAAGGUCGUGUGCACCAGAGGUCAGAUAAUAUGAUAGUUAUGACCAAAACAAAAGAGCAAGCGCCUACGUCUCACUGACAAAUUUUGGGAAGCUCUAUAGAAUUACUAUGGAACUCGCUUUCACGGAUAAUCGGGGUUCCACUCUAAAUGACAACUGCGAGUACGAAUACUCGCUUGCCUUUGUGCAGACUAGAAUAUGUUUCCUUAACACGGUCUUGUAAACUUAAUAGCCUGAAAAAAUCGUGCAGACAUUAGAGCCUCUCAAGUUUAAAGCCUCUAUAGUAUAAAAUGUAGAAGUUGAAGUUGUUGAUUCAUGCAAGCCGGGGGUACUUCUGCACUCGCAUGUUUUUUUUUGCAUUCCGAAAAGAGUUUUUCUAACACGGAUUACAAAAGCGGGCACGAACACAACGCUUGGCUCGGUUAUUCAAGAUUUCAUUGAAGGAUAUGCCUUAUGAUAUAUGAAUUUCUGGCACUGAGUGCCUGAAGUUCAUCAAAUCAAGUAAAUUUGCAGUUCUAGAAGUACGUACAUUUGAGAGAUGCAAACUUCAGAGGGAAAUGUAAAAUAAAAUAAUCGUUUGACAAUUCUUCCGUUCACAUACUUUGUCUUAGGCAUCAUGCCAAACGUAAAAGGACUGUCAUUAAAUUUACUUGUAACGAAGGACAUAACCUAUCACAAUGUAUGAAUUGACCUCACAUGGCAUUUAUUCAAUCUCUUUACUCACAAAGCAAAUAUAUUGAAUUCGGGAAUUGUGUUAUUAAUACAAACAAAUGAGGACUAGCUAAGCUAAUCCCACAUCAACCUUGCGGUUAUAUCAUAGAUAUAACCCACCCAUUAUUUUUUCAAACCGUAUAUAAUCGAGUCCGGCUUGUAUUUGCAAAUAAAUGUUUUUUUUUGUAAAUAAAAAAAAAGUACCAAUUUUUUUUCACAGUGUAUAUUUUUUUCCCUUUUUAACAUCAAUACUAUAUAACUCUUCCUAAGACACUAUUUCGGCACGACUCAUAGUUUUUGAGAUAUAAAUUAUCAAAGAUUUCUCUUACUAAAAUCGAUACGCCCUUUUCAAAAGUUACACUUGAGUCAACAAAUUCCCAAUUGCUGUGGAAAACUCAUAUUUCCUCGAACCCCAGCGGAAAACAAACUUUCUUCUACCCAAAAAAAAAAAAAUAAUCAGGUUUUGUCAUUUGUCGAUUUCAUUUGGAAUUGCUCAGUAGCGAUCGUUGGGCGGUGAUACUCACUAACAUAGCCCUGAGUAGAUGGAUUCGAUUCUUCUUACGAUUUAUUUCUUAACUAGCGGUUAUGUUAGUAGACAUCCUAUCUCCAACGGGGUUUAUAAAAUACUAUUUACAUUGAAAUUAAAAAAUGAAAUAAAGAAUACCUUGUAGAGAUAUCCUCCUAUCAUUCAUGCGGUUGCUGUUGCUGAUGGGUUUGAUGGUGGAGAUGAUGAUGAUGAUGGACAGGUGAUUGUUGAAUUAUGUGAGCAUGAGGAUGUUGUUGCUGUUGUUGUUGCUGCAACUGCUGCAGCUGGGCGGCGUUAAUCAGUCCUCCCGCCUGAUUUGGCUGAAUGAUGGUGGUAAUCGCCUGCAGUUGAGGUGCUUGAAUGAUGAUCGGUUGGUGGUUUGGAACCGCCGUCGCACCACUUGUCCCGCUCAACUGAAUCUGGGACCGGAUGAAAUUAAGCUGGUUUUGAUUCAGUGGGAUCUACCGUGAGAGAAACCUUUCAUUAGAUUCAUUUCGAAAAUAAAUUAAAGUUUGUGGACAUACAGGGAUGUGGGUUACCUCCCCCGUAGGGGUAAUCAUUUGCUGCACCAGCUGAAUCGGUUGACCUUGAGUGAGCUGAGCCGGAUUGAUGACGGUUGCUCCUGCGGGUUGCAUAGUCGUAGUGCCAGUGGCGGGACUCGUCAGAAUUAUGUUCGGCGCUGCUGACGCAAUCGUUGCGAUCUGCGAAUACUAAGCUUUUUUGAGGAAACCUUAGUGCCACUCUCGGGAGACAUAUUUACCUGCGGAGUUUGCUGGUGCAUGGACUGGCCUUGCAGCUGAGGCUGCUGGGGCGAAGCCGCAACCGUGAUUUGUUGGGUCACACCAGGGGUAGCUUGCAACUGCACAAUAUUUCCAGCAUUGGUACCAUUUCCCGAAUUGCUACUGCUGCUCUCAACACAAUUACUGUUCACACUUACGCCACCACCAGUAGUACUACUACUACUCUGCAGUGCCUGUUGGUGCUGCUGCGCAAGCUGCAGAUAAUACUG